AUGUCUCAUCCCCCGACCCCACCAGACGCUAACACGGCGACCAACUCUACGAGGUCGUCGUUUACUAUUUUGGAGCCGUCUGCGCCUCAGGCUUUUCGUGAUUCGGAUGAAAAGUUAAAAUCUAAUGCAGAGUCCAGUGUUGCCUCUCCAAGCAAAGAUGAGGAAUCGCCAAAAGUUGCAGUUGUUGAGGUUAAGGAGGUUGGAAAGAAGAUGCCAUUGCCUGUACCAAACCGCGAUCCGAAUAUGGUGACUUGGGAUGGUCCAGAAGACCCAACAAAUCCUCAGAAUUGGUCGAUUGCGCGAAAAUGGCUCAUUACUAUAUCGUGUAUCAUCAUGACUGUUAAUGUAACUUUUGCUUCCUCUGCUCCCUCAUCAGCCGCUCAUGAAAUCAUGGCUGAAUUUAACACCUCCAAAGAGGUGUCGUAUUUAAUUACAACGGUUUUCCUGCUUGGUUACGUGUUUGGUCCAUCAUUUUGGGGACCUGGAAGUGAGCUCGUAGGACGUAGACCAAUCUUUAUUGGUGCUAUGAUUGCAUAUACCCUUUGCAUUCUCGGUCAAGCUCUCGCGAAGAACAUGGCCACACUCCUUGUUACCCGAUUCCUGUCUGGAUUUUUCGCUGUCGGACCCAUGAACAACGCAGGAGGCCUCAUCGCCGAUAUCUGGUCUGCUGUGGGUCGUGGUCCUGCCACCAGUCUUUAUACCGCUAGUGUCUUCCUCGGUCCAGUCAUGGGCCCCAUUGUUUCCGGAUAUAUCGUUGACAGUCCUGCGUCCUGGAGAUGGAUUUUCUGGGUCAUGUUUUUCUUCGCCGGUGCUUGCACCCUUAUCAUUAUUCCCGUUCUCCCAGAGACCUACGCUCCCGUGAUUCUUCUUAAGAAAACUCAGAGACUGAGAAAAGAGGAUCCUGAGGGAAGCAAAGACCUUUAUGCCGAGCAUGAGAAGCAGGACUGGUCCUUCAAAGGGGUUGUACAACGAACCCUAUUCCGGCCUUUCAGCAUGCUACUUGGUGAACCCAUCCUCAUGCUUAUCACUGUCUACCUGUCAAUCGUAUAUGGUCUUCUUUAUGCUUUGUUUCAGGCCUUCCCUGUCGUUUUCGUGGCUAGACGCGGUUUCACUAUCGCAGAAGACGGCCUGAUGUUCAUAGGCGUUGGAAUUGGUACAACCAUCGGAUCCGCUAUCAACUUCUGGGCGUCAGCGCACUACCCCGAGCUCAUUAAGAAAUGGAAAGGGUUCCCUCCACCCGAAGACCGUCUGUAUGGCGCUAUGAUUGGUAGCCCGGUCCUCGUUGUAGGCAUCUUCUGGCUCGGUUGGACUGGCGAAUAUUCCAGCAUCCCGUGGUAUGUUCCUGGCCUCAGCACUAUCCUCGUCGGCACUGGAAUCAGUUUGAUCUUCAUGUCGUUCUUGAGUUACGUUGUCGAUACCUAUCUAAUGUACAGCGCUUCUGCGUUUGCUGCCAACACCAUGGUUCGAUCUGCCGUCGCUGCCGCAUUCCCCAUGUUCACCACCCAGAUGUUCACCAAACUCGGAGUGAACUGGUCGUGUACACUUCUCGGCCUUAUCGGUCUCCUGUUCGUUCCAAGUCCUUUCCUCUUCUACAAGUUCGGCCCCACUAUCCGAUCGCACAGUAAAUACGCUCCAUGCAUCGACUUGAAAAUCGCUGCGGCGAUGAAGGCAGCGGAAUCAGAAAAACAAGCAGGAAUUCCAUGA